AUGAACUGGCCAAUCUCGGCCAACCCGGUGCAGGCAUCCCCCGCUCAGAGUGAUACAACGAGUCAAAAAGCCACAUGGCAAAAUAUUCAUGGAAAGCCGAACCGGAAUCGGAAGAGCCUGUGUGAAUGUUGGAACUAUGCUGGAGUGUCACAGGAGCGCGUUCCAGUCUCCAUCGAAGACGGUGCGGUCGCCCUCGAUUGCAACACCUCCAACGAUGUUGUCCAUAUCCCACGGCAGGGUGAACUCCGCUCUCCCUGUCUCACCUUCAGUUGA